CUUAACCAAUCAGCUUUCCCCUUACUUCGAGCGUCACGCCUGAUUGCAACACCUGCGGAGAAGAAAGUUUCGUCAGUGUUUGAUCGAAGUUACCGAUGAAAUUGGAAAUAUAUGAAGGAUUACAUCAUAAUUUGUGUCUAAAUCUGCGAUUAGGAAGAUCUUCCACAGAGAGAGAUCAUGUUUUAAAGAAACUUCCGUAUUUCUGGUCAUUCAUCUAGUCAUCAGACGCUGGCUUCAUGCAACACCACACUACAUGCUUUAUUUCUUCUUUAAUCAGAUAUGAAAAUGUCAAGCACAAAUGGCUCAUCGCUGUGUCGCCUGGGUUUAGUAAUGACGUUAGCAGGUGUCAUCUCUUUCAGCAUCGUGUUUUAUAUGUUUCCACCCUCACGAAACUGUCCACCUCAAUUUGUUAUACAUGAACAGCAGUCUGAAAGCAGCUCUGACAAAAGCAACAAUUCUGUCUCUAAUGCGGCAGAAGACAAACCGAUCCUACUCCUGUGGGUUUGGCCUGAAAACUACAGGUUUGAAUUCAGCGACUGCAAAAAGUUUUACAACAUUGAUAAUUGUAAGUUGACGGAUGAUCGAUCGCUCUACACCAAUUCAGACGCCGUCAUGGUUUAUCACAGAGGCAUUAGUUGGGAUCUGUCCAACCUUCCUCCAUCGCCUCGUCCUCCGUUCCAGAAGUGGAUUUGGUUACAUUUAGAAUCACCGACCAACACUAAAAAGAUACCCGGUCUGGAAAACCUGUUCAAUCUCACACUCAGCUACAGACAAGAUGCUGAUAUUGCAGUACGGAUGAGAUUAAAAACCAGGAAGAAACCAGCCGAGGAUUUCGUCGUUCCCAAAAAAGACAAACUGGUUUGUUGGAUCGUUAGUAACAAUGAUCCUUCAACUGGAGUCAGCGCAAGGAACAAGUAUUAUCAAGAAUUAAGCAAGCACAUCAAAGUCACUUUGUUCGGGAGGGCUUAUUCAUGGUUUCUGAGUUACGAUGAGUACUAUCCUACCCUCUCUAGCUGCAAAUUUUACCUCUCCUUCGAAAACUCCAUCCACAAGGACUACAUCACUGAGAAGAUCAAUGGUCCUCUUGCUGCAGGAACUGUUCCUGUGGUUUUGGGUCCUCCAAGAAAGAACUAUGAAAACUUUGUUCCUGGAGAUGCCUUUAUUCAUGUGGAGGACUUUCAAGAUCCAAAGUCACUGGCAGAAUAUCUGCAUCUACUGGAUAGGGAUGACGUUGCGUAUCGCAGAUACUUUAACUGGAGGAAACAUCUCACUCCAACUCCUCAUUUAAUAUUGCAAACUCAAGAGUUUGUUCUGGCUAUAUGCACUGCCUGUGAUUAUAUAGCACGACACAGGGAUUAUAAAGAAGCUCAUGAUAUAUACGACUGGUAUUUCAACUGAAGAUAUUUUGGCACAUCAAUUACUGUAUACAAGACUCUUUUAUAUAUAUAUAUAUACUGCCAAUUUUUAUAUUUAUAGUUUGUUACAAUUCUGGUGAAAUGAAAGUAUUUUGACCGCCAAUCAUUGCUAAUUCUUUUUUUUCGUCCCACAAAUUGGUUUACUUUUAUACCGCAACUCACAUCUACAUCAUCAGUUUAAUAAGUGACUCUGAAUAAAUUAUGGCAAAAAAAUAAAUACAAAUAUUCAUAUCAUGGUCAAUGCAUUUAUGAAAGCCACAGUAUUAAACCCUCAAAAUAAAUACACAGGAU